AUGGCUGAAGGAGGAAGAAAUUUGAGAAUAAAUCCAUUUAGCGUGGAUGAAGACCACAUAGCAACGGGUGAAAAAUGGGAUGAAUGGCUAAAUGAGCUUGAACGAGAAAUGAGAUUCUUCCGGGUCAUUGAUGCAGAGGAUAAGAAAGAUGCUAUGCUAAUCUAUGGAGGUGUAGAAAUCAGACGGUUAGACAAGAGUCUUCAGGACCCUGGAGGAGAAGGUGACGUAUAUUCAAAGCUAAAAAGUAAAUUAACUGAUUAUUUUGCACCUAAGAAAAAUAUCCAUUUUUGCAGAUAUGUAUUUUUGAAAACAAGACCACAACCUGGUGAAAACACGGUAUCAUACGCAGCACGUCUAAGGGAAAAGGCGAAAAACUGCGAUUUUCAUGACUGUGAUGAACGCAUACUUGAACACAUCAUUCAAACAACUGAAAAUGAAGAACUUGUUCGUAAAGUUUUAUACAAAAAAUGGACAUUACAGCAAACAUUGAAUGAAAUGCAACUACUUGAAGAAACAUCCAUACAGGUAAAGGCGAUAGGACAGCAUGAUACAGGUGAGGUUGCAAAGAUCAGUAGAAAGGGAAAUAAUAGAUAUAAUGGAACAAAACAAGAUUGGAAACACGAGGUGGAAUCAUGCAAAUAUUGCGACAGAAAACACCCUAAACAGAAGGAAUUAUGUCCAGCAUAUGGAAAGAAAUGCGGAAAAUGUGGUCGAUACAACCAUUUUGCAGCAGUUUGCAGGUCAACUAGAGAUCAAAGAAGACAGUUUGAAGGAAACCGAGAAACUCGAAAAGUGGCGAAACGAGACAUAAAGAGAGCAAUUAAUGAAUCAGAAACUGAAGAUUCAGGGAGCGACACAGAUAAGGAUAACUUCUUUCUAGAAGAAUCUGUGAAACAUUUAGCAGUAGGAAAGAUAAAAGUCAGUAAGGUAAGCGAUCAUGAGAAAACUGUGCCAAUUGAACUGAAUGAUGUUAUUGUUCUUGUGGAACCCGACAGUGGAGCAGAUGUUAAUGUCAUGGAUGAACAUCAAAAUCGAGCGUUCCAACGGAAAACAGGCGAAAGCAUAAUACUUCAUGAAAGUAAAACGAAACUUAGCACUCUUCAGAAUGAAUUGCCUGUAUCAGGAGAAUUUAAAGCUACAGCUAGGAAUAAAACAAGAGGCAUAAAAACAGUGUUCAUUGUUGUCAAAGGUAAGAUUAACUCUCCACCACUGCUUGGUAGGAAAUCACUCACUGAACUAGGUAUGUUAGAUAUUAGACCUGAUGGUUCUCUGAGAGAACAAAAUGAACUUAGAAUGAGAGAUAGAGGAGAUCCAGAAGCUACACCUGUCGCCCAGAAACCACGCCCUGUACCUUAUUACCUUCAAGAGCCAUUGAAAACAUGGCUAGACGAAUGCAUUAAAGAAGAGAUAUUCGAAGAAGUCGAAUCUGGAGAGCCUGUGACAUGGUGUUCUCCACUGGUGGUUCAGCCAAAACCAAGAUAUACAAAUGUUGGCAAAGGGAAUCUAGAACCACACAUGAUUAGAGCCAGUGUUGACUUGAGGGUACCAAAUAAAUAUAUGGAAAGAAACAGAAUUUUACAAGCCCCAGUUGUUGAGGAUUUCACAUGUAAAUUCCAUGACUGUAAAGUAUUUUCUAAAAUGGAUUUGAGGCAAGGAUAUCGUCAACUAGUCCUCCAUCCUGACUCAAGGGUUAUUGCCACAUUUAGCACACCAUGGGGAAACAUGAGACCGAAAAGGCUCAUAUUUGGAGCAAAAUCAUCUCAGGACUUAUUUGAUGAAGCCAUGUUCAGAAUUUUCGGAGACAUUCCAAACUGCUUAAAUCAGAGAGAUGAUAUACUUAUAGGUGGUGUUACCAUGGAAGAGCACAACAAAACAUUAGCGACAGUUUUGCAGCGUGCUCAAGAUUUUGGUGUCACACUCAAUAAAGAAAAAUGCCAGUUUGGAGUGAAAGAACUAGAAUUUUACGGAUACAGGUUUACUAAUGAGGGACUCAAACCAGCAGUAAAUAAGGUCAACGCAGUGAAAGAUUGUGAACCACCGAAAUCUAGGGACGAGGUUAGAAGCUUCCUAGGCAUGAUCGGAUACCUCUCUAAGUUCAUUUCACGAUAUUCUGUUUUGACGGCACCAUUAAGGAGACUAACAGGACAAGAUGUACCUUUUACGUGGGGACGAGAAGAAGACAAAGCUUUUCAGCGAUUAAAAGAUAGCAUCACAAGUGAGGCGACGAUGGCGUUCUUCAAUCCCAGAAAACAAAUCAUCGUCCGAACAGAAGCAAGUUUUCAUGAGGGAUUGUCAGCUGGAAAAAUAAACAAAUGGUCCCCACCUUAUGAAAAAGAACAUUACGAAAUAAUAAAAAUACGGGGAUCAACCAUUGGCGCCAGACGAAAAUCAGAUGAACGUACUAUUUAUAGAGAUGCAUCAAAAUUUAAACAGUUACUUGGAUCCAGGAGUGAAAACUGGAGGGAAAGGCUACUACGCUCAACCAACCAGAAUCAACAGACAGCUCCAGAGCAGAAGAGAGAAUACACAGAGAACGACAGGGACAGAACCAUGAAAAUCAAAUAG